AUGAAGAUCGAGCGAACACUGGCGACGGAGAAGGAGAGGCAGCCCAUGGACAACUCGGCCUGCUGCACCUGCGCCAAGCUGCUGACCUCCGUGCCCCGGUACCACUCCGCGACCGAGAAGCCGCUCCCCGAUGACCGUGUCUUGGAAUGCUGCGCGCGAAUCAUAUGCGGCAGCUGCAUCCACGACAACCCCCGCUUCGCGUCCUACUGCCCCUACUGCCAGACCUCGUCCAACCCCGCUACCUUUGUCCUCCCGCCGAAUCUCAAAGACCCGCCCGCAUACACCUCCGUCGCCCGUAGCAACCUCCACGUCUCCGGGCCCUCGGCCCCGCCCCCGCCAUACACAGCGACAACCAACGUACCCGUUGACGACGAGAAGGCCGGCUCGUCCGCCACGGCCACGCCGCCCGAGGACACCCUGCACUUCCUCAACCACGAGCACGAUACCGUCGCCUCCCUGUCGCUGCGCUACGGCGUCCCCGCCGCCGUCCUCCGCCGCGCCAACAACAUCACGAGUGACCACCUCCUGCAGGGCCGCAGGACGGUGCUGAUCCCGGGGGAGUACUACGCCGCCGGCAUCAGCCUGUCGCCGCGGCCGAUCGAGGGCGAGGAAGAGGAGCUGCGCAAGAGCAAGAUCCGGCGGUUCAUGACCGGGUGCAAGGUUUCCGACUACGACGUUGCUGUGCUGUAUCUCGAGCAGGCCGGGUAUGACCUCCAGGAAGCCAUGGAGGCGUUUGCUGCGGACGAGGCGUGGGAGAGGGACCACCCGGUGCAAGAGGGGGGUCGACGUGGGAAGGAGAAGAACCGGGGGCCGUUCUGGAGGGGGUCCGCGUGA